GAUGGACAGAAGAGAGGCGACUCAUUGGGCAUGCGCCAGAGUGUGAGACUCUUGGAGGAGGGCGGGGGAGCGAGAGAAACUGUCGCAGGAGUGACCGCAAGGGCCAGGCCUCCCAGUAGCGGCGAGAUCCUCGGAUUAUGCAGGAUCCGUGCCCGCCUGCUGACUCCCAAACUAGGCUUGGAUAGCUCCGUUUGCGCACACCGUUCAUGGAGUGUGUGUGCGAUGACAUCAUUGAGCCCUGACACCCCGUGUUCUUGCGACUGCUUUGUCUCCCUGCCCCCGGCCUCGGAGAUCCCAGCCGUGAUCUUUGCCAAAAACUCUGACCGACCACGGGACGAGGUGCAGGAGGUGGUGUUUGUACCAGCAGGCACACACAGCCCUGGGAGCCGGCUCCAGUGCACCUACAUUGAGGUGGAACAGGUGUCGAAGACGCAUGCUGUGAUUCUGAGCCGCCCUUCCUGGCUGUGGGGGGCCGAGAUGGGUGCCAACGAGUGUGGUGUUUGCAUUGGCAACGAGGCCGUGUGGACCAAGGAGCCAGUUGGGGAGGGAGAAGCCCUGCUGGGCAUGGACCUACUCAGGCUGGCUUUAGAACGGGGCAGCUCUGCCCAGGAGGCCUUGCAUGUCAUCACAGGCUUGCUGGAGCGCUAUGGGCAGGGGGGCAGCUGCCGGGAGGACCCCACGUCAUUCUGCUACCACAACACCUUCCUGCUGGCUGAUCGGACUGAGGCGUGGGUGCUGGAGACAGCCGGGAGACUGUGGGCUGCACAGCGGAUCCAGGAGGGGGCCCGCAACAUCUCCAACCAGCUGAGCAUUGGCACCGACAUCUCAGCCGAACACCCGGAGCUCCGGACCCACGCCCAGGCCCAGGGCUGGUGGGGUGGGCAGGGCACCUUUGACUUUGCUCAGGUGUUCUCCCUGACCCAGCAACCUGUGCGCAUGGAGGCUGCCAAGGCCCGCUUCCGGGCUGGGCGGGAGCUGCUGCAGCAACAGCAAGGCGGCAUCACUGCGGAGGUGAUGAUGGGCAUCCUCAGGAAUAAGGAGAGUGGCAUCUGUAUGGACUCUGGGGGCUUCCGCACCACAGCCAGCAUGGUGUCCAUUCUGCCCCGGGACCCCACACUGCCCUGCGUCCACUUCCUCACUGCCACGCCUGACCCGUCCAGGUCAGUGUUCAAGCCUUUCGUGUUCGGGGCGGGGGUGGCCCAAGCCCCCCAAGUGCUGUCCCCCACUUUUGGAGCACAGGAUCCUGUUCGGAUCCUGCCCCGAUUCCAGACUCAGGUGGAUCGCCGGCAUUCCCUCUACCGUGGACACCAGACAGCCCUGGGGCUGAUGGAGAGUGAGCAGGAUCGGGGACAGCAGCUCCGGCAGCAGCAGCGGGACCUGGAGCAGGACGGCCUGGAGGCUGUGCGGGGGCUGUUGACUGGCGAGUGGGCUCCAGAGCCCCAGGAACUGGGUGGACUCUUCCAGGCAUUCGUGGAGAAGGAGAGCCAGGCCUAUGCCUAAGCAGCUGCUGCAGGGCUGGGGGCAGAUGCAGGAGCUUGAGGGCAUCAGGAACAGAGCGAUCCCUUCAUGCCCCUCGGCCGUAUUCUACUUAGCCAGCCCGGCCUUUGCCUUAAUAAAUGUUUUAGUUUCUUGCUCAGUGAA